AUGACACAAACAGGCCCGGUCAUCCCCCCUCGGCCGUCAAGGUCGCCCCAACAGCAGGGUCUUACGCCCGCGUCCGCAGAUAUUCCCAGGAUCCCUCCUCGCCCUUCUCGUCGUGCGGAGCGCUCCGUCUCCCCCCUUGGCGAUAGCUACGCUCCAUCUCCUUUGAACGAGCUGCCUAAUAGCGCAAGCAUGAGCCGUACCUCUUCCAACGAUAUCCCCCAGCGGCCCCCCAGCGUGACAAUACCUUCUCUUGGCGAAGAGGGUAUUGAAUAUGAAGAUUUGGAUGUUGGUAAUGCUUCCGAUAGCCAUCAUCCAGCUCCGGCAGAGACUCGCAAUGUGGGCAGCGAUCUCAAGCUUCAUGCACCAAGACCGUCGCUGCCUACUUCCAGUGCCAAGGCCAGAGUGCAGGCCGUGACACGUACAGAUUCGCGCCAGGCAGCAGCAGCAGGCCUUGGUGGGAGGACGGCUUCCCCCGUCCCGGAUGAGCUGCACGACCGUCCCGCUCGUUCGUUACAUUCUAGAGCAAGUGGUUCGCGAGCAGACUCUUCGACUGCAUCUGCCGAUCGCCGGCCAUCACUCAACGGAGAUGAGCAUGGAAUCCCAGAAAUUGGGCAACGGGUUCCAAUGUACCGUAAUGCGGGCGAUGUUCAGGCACCGUCUCCAAGUCCUUACCAGUUAGAACACGGCGGUUUACGCACUGGCCGUAGCCAUAACCGCAGUCGUAGUGGCCGCGAAGCUUCCCUUCCACCGGGAAGCUAUGGGCUUCAUGGGCAUGGUGUGCAGUUCAACGACAAAUUCGAGAAAGCCUGGUACGAAAAGCACCCUGAAGAGUAUGUCAAGGAGGAGCAGGGCCAGUAUGGGCCUGGUGUCGGUUCCCCCCGACCCGAUUGGGCUUUGAGCAGCGAUGAUUUGAAUAAGAUCGUUCGUGGUUCUGCUGUGACUGGUUCAGGACUUGGCACCUCGCCAGCUGUAACCGGAACGCCCGAAGAGGAGGUCGGGUAUAUCGCUAGCGACGAGUACACUCAGCGCCUAUCGACGCCACCACCGGAUUCCUACCGUGACUCGCGACCUUCUGUUGAAUCGUCCCUGCGUAAAGAGAGUGUAGUUUCUUCGGGAUCUGAACCCCAACAAGAAGCUGCGACGAAGGAGGUUCACAGAUCAGAGGAGUCUGGCGUUAUCCACGUCGAUGAGCCCUACCAUCAUCUGCACCAUCCUGAUGGCUUCGCCCAGACUCCAGAUCCAGAAACUCUUGAUCAUGUGGCUGGAGAGGGUGGAGCAGAGGAGGAUGAACCUAUUUUGGCUGCUGACGAAGUGUGUCCUGAGUCUGCAUUCCAGCAUCCAGCAGUCUCGCCUACUUUUGGUAGAAGAGAGAGUUUCGAGCAUGAAAGUAGAAGUCGUACUCCGAGCCUAAACCAAAGCCGCUCGAAUAGCCGAUCUACAAGCCAAGUUGGUGGUAUGCCUUCUCUCGCAAGAUUUAAUUCACGCGAGGAGCGCGAGGACUCCCAUACACCGCUGGAGGAUGUCGACGAAUAUGAGCCUUUGUUCCCUGAUGAUGAUAAGAAGGACCAGAAGAUGCUUUCGGCCGCCGAGCGUUUUAAGAAACGGCCAGAGAUGCUUAAGCGGUUUCCUAGUCAAGAUAUAUGGGAGGAUUCGCCAAAUAGCUUACAGCUUCAUGCUACCGUGUUGACUCCUGACAUACCAAAGCUUGAUACGUUCGAAACUCCGGAGCAGGAGUCAAUCCGCAGAAGCCAGACAAGUCAUGUCGAUCCCUACCAAGUCGCAUCGCAUAUCUUGGAGUCGGAGGAUCAUGACGAGAAAAGCGAUUCGCGCCGCGACGCUUCAAAGCAACGUUUCCCUAGUCGGGAUAUCUGGGAAGAUGCACCUGAAAGCCAGAAGCUAGUUACUACGAUAGUGCCAUCAGAAGAAGAGGCGAAGAGCCCUGAGGUCCCAUCAAAGCCGAUCAUUCAACUCCGGCCUGAAAACCGUCCGCAACAGCCCCCUCCGGUGGACGCCUCUACGAAACCUGCCACUUCGCCGACGGAAAAGCGACUGCCGCCCCAGAUUCCCGAUCGCCCAAAGCCCCAAAUCCCAAUCCGACCAGCCAAGCCAGCUUCCCAUGGCAAUACCGAGGAGGCUAAGGAUACAUCAGCUAAAGUAAAGCCUGCUGUGCCGGCCAGGCCUGGUGGAAGCAAGAUAGCUGCCCUGAAGGCAGGGUUUCUAUCAGAUCUGAACUCUCGCCUACAGCUUGGGCCUCAGGCACCGAAGCCGCAGGAGAAGAAAGCAGAUGAAGCUCCCGCGGAAAAAGCACCGUUGAGCGAUGCUCGCAAGGGAAGAGCUCGAGGACCUGCGCGAAGAAAGCCGGCGGUAGAGAAUACCGUUUCGAAACUGCCGACAAUCCCCGAAAUCCGAAUUACCAUGACAUGGAAUGUCUGGCAGGUGGGUGAAGAUGGCAACCUGAUUGUGGGUGACGGCGAAAAAGCAGAACCAAAGGAGGCGACAGUGACUCCGCCGGAUACUUCACUCUCAACCGAUAAUAAUAAUAAUACCAACGCUCCCCUAUCGGCGGAGAACAGUACCGUCGAGUCGAUAGAUCCUCAGCUAACUUCCAACAAGGAGGGACCCCUUGCAUCCCCUAAAGCUGAGUCUACAUUUACCAAUGCGGCACGGACAAUACCAGGCUCCAGUGACGACACGCUUUCUGCUUCGGAGCCUGCUGGUAAACAAGCCGAACGCGAUGAGCCCCCAAGUACCGUGCCUACUGCGGACACAGACGCCACCGCAAACAAAAUGCCUCGCCCAUCAUAUCCUGAAGAAAAAUCAGACAAUAUUUCAGACGUGAAGGCAGCUUCUGCGGAUGGUGAUACAUAA